AUGCUCCUACUGUUAUUCAUCCUCGCUACGCUGCUGGUCAUUUUGCCUCUGUACAUCAUCUACAAGCCACCCAACGCACUGAUCCGCUAUUUUCAACAGCGCUGGCCCGACGUACUAUGGCAGUUGCCGACCUCUCGAAACAUCAUCGCGCUGACCAUCGAUGACGCACCAUCAGAGCACACCCAAGAGCUACUCCGGAUCUUGACAGCAAACAAUGUUACCGCAUCAUUCUUCAUCAUCGGAGCCCAAGUGCCUGGCAGGCAGGAUCUCAUGGUGGACAUGGUGGAACAAGGCCACGAGCUGUCCAAUCAUGCAAUGCACGACGAAGCCUCGAAGUCACUGAGCGACGACGAGCUCCGGAGCCAGAUUGAGACAGUCCAGAACCUCAUUGCUAAUGUCUACAAGUCGGCUGGAGUGCCGCAACCGGAGAGGCGCUUCUUUCGGCCAGGCUCUGGCUUCUUCUCAACGUCCAUGCGUGGUCUAGUGCAACAGAUGAGUCACCAGAUCGUGCUAGGAGGCAUAUACCCGCAUGACCCACAGAUUCCCUACUGGUGGAUCAACGCACGACAUAUCCUGAGUAUGGCACGGCCGGGAGGGAUAAUCAUCUGCCACGACCGACGGCCAUGGACGGCGCCGAUGCUGGCAAAGGUGCUUCCGGAGCUCAGGCGGAGGGGCUACCAGGUCAUGAGUCUGAGUCAGGCGCUUCAAGCAACAUGA